AUGAACAACUUAAAGACUGCUGGUGGCUCGAACAAAAGGGUGCUAGAUGAAAUCACUUCAACAACAGAGGAAACCCAAUCUAGUGAGAACUCAUUCUUGGAGCCUAAAAGACUAGCUUGUUCCAACUGUCGACGUCGAAGGAAAAAAUGUGACCUGAAAUUCCCGUGUGGGAAUUGUUCAAAGCUGAACUUAGAGUGCAACGUCAAUAUGGAAGAUAUGAGAAAAAGACGGCACACGGCGAGUUAUGUGGGCUCUUUGGAAUCUCACGUUGCCUCAUUGGAAACAAAACUACGAAAUCUAACCGAUACCCUUGCGUCUAUAAGCGGUUCUAAUCUUUCCAAAGUUGGUUCGAACGCCACGAAAAAUGGCCCUGGUCUUUCUUUCAUGGGUAACAUUUCAGAGGAUUUGUUAAAUGGUUGUAGCACCAAAAACAUUCCGAUUUCUGAAGUCAAUAAUCUAAGCUCCUUGAAUGAUGAUAGCUUGCGCAAGAAAGGGUUUGUAAAAGGAAGCAUCUAUCCCGAGGGACCUGCAAGCUACAAGCCAAAUAGAUCCGAUCACUCUGUAAUCAAACCGAAGAACAGAAUAGCAGAUUUGAAAACCACUGUGAUUGUACGAACAAGCGGUGAAGAUGGAAGAGCUCUCAAUGCCAACGCACAAAUUUUAAAAAGUCUAUCUAACUUUUACGUUUGUCUUUAUCCCGGUCAUUUCGUAUUUGUUCAUCGGGAAAGUUUCCUGUACGGCUUCUUCAAUCACAGUGACGAUAACUACGACAGUUCUCAAUACUGCUCCGAAGAGCUCAUUUAUGCUGUGGCAGCGAUUGGGGCCAGAUUAACGCCUGAUUUACGAAAUCUUGCAAAAACUUACUAUCAAAAAGCAAAAGAGAAACUCUUGAUGAUCGUUUUCAGCGAGCAUAGUAUAGCCAAGAUUACAACUGUUCAGGCACUUUUGUGUUUAGCGUUUUAUGAGCUGGGCAAUGGCCAAAACCAAUUGGCUUGGUAUUUUUCAGGGCUUGCCAUUCGGGUUGGACACGAUAUGGGUUUUCAAUUGGAUCCUAGGGUGUGGGUGACAGAUGAAUCAAGUUCUAAUGAGCUCUCUCAAAGUGAACUUGAAAUAAGAAGUCGAAUUUACUGGGGUUGUUACAUUGCCGAUCAUUUUAUAUGCCUCUUGCUGGGCCGCACCUCAACGCUGAGUGUAUCGAACUCCACCAUUCCUGAAAGCGAUGAAUUACCAGAAGUUCACGGUACAGAGGAAUUUCGAUUUGAUAGUAAACACGUUUUACAGGUCUCACUACCACUGAAAAAUUUGGUAAUCCUUUCGAGAAUAGUGCAGGUCUUUACGGCCAAAAUAUUUAUUGAGCCGAGCAGUACGUCGCAUCGUAUCGAAUAUCUUAUCAAAUUUAACCUUAGGGUUUACAAUUGGCGACAGUCAUUGCCUCAUUUUUUGAAAUGGUCCAAAAACCUGAUUAAAGACCUAGACAGGUCCACGGAUCCUACCAUCUGCUAUUUUUGGUACCAUUACUACAUUGUACUUUUGACAUUCAACAAACCAUUCAUGGAAGAUUGUAAAGAGGCUAAAACACUUGUUUUAGAAGUACUUGGAGAAGUCAAGACUUUAUUGUCUAAUUUUCAAGUUAAGUUUGGCAACUACGAAAAAGGUGGUAUCUACCAAUUGUACAGUUGCCUUCUAUCGUUAGCGUGCUCUCGAAAAUUGUCCAACAUGUCACUUCCAGCGCAGGCGACACUUACUGUGGAACCCGCGAAAAGGGAUUUGAAGUUUUUCACAGACGUUUUCCAACAAUUUGGCGUAAGUUACGAUUUGCCGCGGAAACUUGACGAAGAGCCCGACUUGGAGGUGGAAAACGAUCCAACUUCUAUCAACCAGUUGAACAAUUUGGCGUACACACAUGAUUUUUCCUUAAGCGACGAGAUCGACGAUCUAAUCAAACAAGUAUUUGGGUUUGAAAGCUGGUCUCUGAACACUGGCCAUUCAGUGUAA